UGUUAAAAGGGGUGGGAUUAUCAACUCGGCGGGCAUUAAGCUAGCUAAAUGGCAGACCAUUUAUCCACCAGUGCCGGCGGGAUGCCUUGAGCUUCACCACUUUUCAACCGCGUCUGCCCAGUCGCGAGGCCAAAGACGAACUGCCUCAUUCCCAAGAGAUGCCUUCCCAACUGAAUGGCGCCAGCCGCCAUGGCGAAGACGACGAAGUAUGUCCCGUCUGCAAGUCCUCACGUUAUCUCAACCCGGACAUGCUGUUUCUCAUCAAUCCGGAAUGCUACCAUAAGAUGUGCGAGUCAUGCGUGGAUCGAAUAUUCUCCGCCGGCCCUGCACCGUGUCCCGUAGCGGGAUGCCAUAAGACCCUUCGCAAAAAUCGGUUUCGAAAGCAGACAUUUGAAGAUAUAGGUGUCGAGCGGGAGGUUGAUAUAAGAAAGAGGGUGAUGGGAAUCUUAAACCGCCGCGAGGAGGAGUUCGAUAGUAAACGCGCCUGGGAUGACUUCCUUGAGCAGCGUGAGGAGAUCAUAACCAACCUCGUCUACGGUACAGACGUCGCAAAGACAGAAGCUCAACUUGCUGAAUACGCUGCCCAAAAUGCCGCUUCAAUCCGUCACAACAAGACUCUCGAAUCUCAAGAAUCCGCUUUCCUCCUUCAACAGCAAACCCUCGAGCAAGAAGCUUUUCGACAACGCCGUCAAGCCGCAAGGCAGGACUACGAUGAAGCACGGCGAGCCAAACUUGCAGGACGACAAGAGAUCAUCACACGCCUCGCCACUGGCACCCCCGAGGACGCAGAGGCAAUCGCGCGCGAAGCCAAACACGGAGGCUUAUUGAAGAAAUCAUCCGCUAGACGUAGCGAAGAAGAGCGCAUCAAGCGCAAACAGGCUGCCCUGCUGGCGGAAUCUAGAAAGGUGGGUGCUCAAGCUCCACCUGCGGGAGACACUGGUGCCACCCCGGCCGCGGGUCCGUGCUUGAUCAAAGGCCUCAGAAAAAUCAAGACUCCAGAACCUGAGAAGCCAUACGAUCCUUUCGCCGGUGGAUUAUCUCUUACUAAUCACGACUACUACACACUAAAAGAUCACUAUCCAUCUCCGUACCUUGACCCGAUAAGGGAUGAUGUUCGGAUGCUUGCCGGAGGAUAUAACCUCAAAGAAUAUUACGCCAGAACCCUUCUUGAAGCAUUUGCGGGUUUGGGGUGCUUUAUUGAGGAGGAAAUCUCAGCAAAAGAUCCGCCAUCUGCGUCAAUCGGGCCCUCGUCGCUCUCGUCCGAAAGUCAUUCAGCUUUGGCAACUGGUAAAGCUGCAGAGGAGGGCAUUCAUAGGCCUACAAUAUCCAGCGACGACGUUUUUUAA